UCCAACUCUUUGUCCAAACGAAGACAUAUUAUUGCCAUUGAAUCCAAAGUCAUCGGAAAGAAGAAGACUUUAAUCAGACUAUUAGAAAAUGGAGGCACUGUUGAGGAAGAGGUCAUCGAUAACAACAAUUGCUGUAUUAGUGAUGAAGAUUUGCUACAAUUGGGAGAUAUUGGACUUCAGGGGGCCAAAUAUUUAUGCUUCAGUCGAGAUUCGGGAGGACCUGAGAGCACUCGUUCGGGUGCACAGAACCAACAUGUUAUGGUUUCUGUGGCGCCUAGACGUCUACACGGGACGCAACCGCCCGGACAAGAAGGCAUAGACAAUUCUUACACCGAUUACGAGAUUAUGCAUGAAUUGGAUUCUUCACAUCCGACAGAGUUUGAAAUCUAUUCGCGCGCCCAUUGGGGUGAGAACUUUCCCGGAGCCUCGUCUUGGAAUUGUUUGCAGGGAUUUUUGGCCAAUAAAUCAAAUUUUUUUCGCGAAGGGUUAAGAAACCGCACAAAUAUUGUUGAAGAUUACAACCCAUUUUUUGAAGUAAUGGGCAUUCAAUACAAUCAACUCAUGUUUAAUUUAACAAGUGGUGCAAUGAACUUUUUUGCGGGUUACCCGGAUUCAAAACAAUCUCAAACUGCGGUAUUAGCGAUGUUUGGCCAUCAAAUCGACGACAAAGACGUUUUACAUAUGUUUCGGAUGAAGAAAUCGGAGGCUAUAAAGCCAUCUCUUAUUACAAACGUGCGAAUGUUUUCUGAGGGCCUCAAAUAUCACGGCGCCGUCUCUAUGGGAUCGGGUAUUAAAAAUGCUAUUUUAAAGGCCAUUCUCCAGAGCGCUUCCACAAAUGAUUCGUAUAUGGAAUCGGAUUAUAAUUUGAUGAUCUCUUCGGCAACAAAUGUAAUCAGUGCUGAAGUGCCCAAAAUGUUGAGUGAAAUCGCAAAGUCUAUUAAAGAUAAGCAAUGGUUCCGACAAUUGAGUGAUGAGGAAGCGCUUCAAGUGUUGACCACUGGAAGCGAUGAGUCCUCACAAAAGUUUAGAUACUUUAUUGAAAGACACGGACAUAGAGGGUAUCGAGAAGUGGAUCCCAUGUAUAAGCCAUGGAAAGGCAAUCCAAUGCCUUGUAUUAAAACUAUUAAAACAAUACUAUCGGGAAAUGAAUCACAAUUUGAAGAAAAAAUUGAAAAAUCUGUCCAUAAAGUGAUCGAUGAAUUAAAGACACCAUUGAAUCCUUUAAAGAAAUUAUUGAUAAAACAUGCAUUACUUCCGUGGGCUCAACGAGGGAUUGGAUAUCGAGAGCUCUCCAAGUAUUUCAUGAUUUGGAUGACAAACAAACUUAGAGAAGGCUUUUGGUAUUUGGCUCAACAAAUGGUUAACGAAGGUCUAAUCCCAAAUGUGGACACAUUCUUCUACUUGACUAUCACUGAAGUGGAAGCGCUAUGUAAUGGACAAAGAGAUCCAUUGAUAUUCUCG